CAUUAAGCAGUGCACUUUUCUGCCACUCUUCUCUUAGCCUCAGUUGCUCCUUUUUGUCAGAUCUCUCUCAAAGCCCAGAAAUCAAUCCCCAAGAAACAACAGCAACUCAAAGUUUUCUUGUUCUUUUCUUUAAAAGAGGCAGACACCCCCUUUACUUGUUGUGCUUCUUUUGACUCUGCCACACAGAUUGUGCCCAUUGACAGAGGAGAGGGCAUUUACCUAUCGAAUUUGGCUGCGUCUUAGUUAAGUCUUCCUCAAGUUUCAGUAUUUAAGGCACUGCCAAAGUGACAAUCUUUGUGAAACGGCCAACACAAGUGGCAGUGGCACUGCUUUUGCAUGCUUCUCUGGUUUCUUUCAUUGAAAGGGAAAACGAGAUAAAGCACUCUCUCUCCCGACUGAGGAGUUGAAGAAAGUAAACGAUUUGCGAAGAGCUCGACAUUUGUCCAAUUUCCAUAAAAAGCUUCUCAGCCUUUCCUCCUGCUUCCUCGUUAUAAAUCUCAAACAAACUCUCUUUUCCCAACAAGAUCUAUUUCACCUGUCAACAAUGCAACCUCAGAAACAAGCAGAGGAGGCCAUAGUCUCAAGCUUCAACCAAACUGAUCAUCAUGAUGACAGAGAGGAAGAAGAAGGACCAGAUCAUCAGUCUGGUUUUAGCCUCACAAGCUUUCUCUGGCAUGGUGGCUCCGUCUAUGAUGCCUGGUUCAGCUGUGCAUCAAAUCAGGUUGCUCAGGUUCUGCUCACUCUGCCAUACUCUUUCUCCCAACUGGGCAUGCUUUCAGGCAUCAUAUUCCAAAUUUUUUAUGGUAUUUUGGGAAGCUGGACUGCUUAUCUGAUCAGUAUUCUCUACGUUGAGUACCGAAGUCGAAAAGAGAAAGAAAAUGUCAGCUUCAAGAACCAUGUCAUCCAGUGGUUUGAAGUGUUAGAUGGUUUACUGGGUCCAUACUGGAAAGCCGUUGGAUUGGCCUUCAACUGCACUUUCCUUCUCUUUGGAUCUGUUAUCCAACUCAUAGGUUGUGCAAGCAACAUAUACUAUAUAAAUGACAAUCUGGACAAGAGGACAUGGACGUACAUAUUCGGAGCUUGCUGUGCCACCACUGUGUUCAUACCCUCUUUCCACAACUACAGAAUCUGGUCUUUUCUUGGGCUUGGCAUGACCACCUACACUGCUUGGUAUAUGACCAUUGCAGCCAUAGUUCAUGGCCAGGUUGAGGGUGUAACACACUCGGGACCAAAGAAACUGGUCUUGUAUUUCACUGGCGCCACCAACAUACUCUACACUUUCGGCGGCCACGCCGUCACUGUGGAAAUUAUGCAUGCAAUGUGGAAGCCUCAGAAGUUUAAGUAUGUCUAUCUCUUUGCUACCCUCUAUGUAUUCACUCUCACCCUUCCAUCUGCAACUGCUGUGUACUGGGCCUUUGGCGACCAACUCCUCACUCACUCAAACGCCUUCGCCCUCCUUCCCAGGAAUAAAUGGCGCGAUGCUGGGGUCACCUUGAUGCUCAUUCACCAGUUUAUCACAUUUGGGUUUGCUUGUACGCCAUUGUAUUUUGUGUGGGAGAAAGUCAUAGGAAUGCAUGACACCAAGAGCAUAUGCUUGAGGGCUCUUGCCAGGUUGCCUGUGGUGAUACCAAUUUGGUUCUUGGCCAUCAUAUUCCCCUUCUUUGGUCCCAUUAACUCAGCUGUUGGGGCUCUUUUGGUCAGCUUCACCGUCUACAUCAUCCCCGCCUUAGCCCAUAUGCUCACUUUCAGAUCUGCUUCUGCUCGUCAGAAUGCGGCAGAGAAGCUUCCGUUCUUCCUCCCGAGCUGGACGGGGAUGUAUGUCGUCAACACAUUAAUAGUGGUGUGGGUGUUCAUAGUUGGGUUCGGGUUCGGAGGGUGGGCUAGCAUGACCAACUUCAUCAAGCAAGUUGACACUUUUGGGUUGUUCGCCAAGUGCUACCAGUGCCCUCCCAAAGUCUCAGCCUCCCCACCAGUACAUCACUAAGUUCUCUUUUGUAUCAUACUCAGGGAGGCAUCAGCAUCUCUCCCCCACAAAUGGUUGUGCUGUAUCAGCCUUGUCAUUCUGUGUAGCCUCUAUAAAUAUCAGUACAUUAUUGUGAAUGGUGAAUUGGAGUUGGAUAUGUUUUCUUUUGUGUU